AGGUGCUGAGCAAGCUUUGGGCAAAACAAGAGGACAAUGUCGGAGAAGAAGCGCCGCCGCCCGGAGCCCGGCACGUCCAAGCGGUCCCGUUCAUCGUCCUCCUCGCAUGCGCACGAGCUCAAGAACCAGCUCAAGCCCGAUACUGAGAUCCUCUCCUCUCUCCACCGCCUCCGCGCCGCCACCCAAUCCUCUUCCGAUCAAACCCUAACCCUCUCCGAUCUCAACCUCUCCUCCCCUUGCCGUGAAGUCUCCGAUCUCGACUCCUCUUCCGUCCGCCUCGCCAUCGAGCGCGCUGCUCUCUCCGCUGCCCGCUCCAUCCUCUCCGGCAAUGGAUUCUCCUUCUCCAUCCCCUCCCGUUCCUCCUCCAACCAGCUCUACCUCCCCGAGCUCGACCGUAUUGUCCUCAAGGACAAGACCUCGUCGCGCCCCUUCGCCAGCCUCUCCACUGUCCGCAAGGCCACCAUCACGGCCCGUGUCCUCUCCCUCGUCCACGCCAUCCUCCUCAACGGAAUCCAUGUCACUAAGCGUGAUCUCUUCUACACUGACGUCAAGCUCUUCGGCGACCAAACCCAGUCCGACGCCGUACUCGACGACGUUUCGUGCAUGCUUGGCUGUACCCGAUCCUCCCUCCACGUUGUCGCCUCCGAGAAGGGCGUCGUCGUCGGCCGUCUCGUCUUCUCCGAUGACGGCGACCGCAUUGACUGCACCCGCAUGGGAAUUGGCGGUAAGGCCAUUCCUCCCAACAUCGAUCGCGUUUCUGACCUUGAGAGUGACGCCCUCUUCAUUCUCCUUGUGGAGAAAGACGCCGCCUUUAUGCGUCUCGCUGAGGAUCGCUUCUAUAACCGCUUCCCUUGCAUCAUCGUCACAGCCAAAGGCCAGCCGGAUGUCGCCACCAGGCUCUUUUUGAAGAAGAUGAAGACCGAGCUCAAGCUUCCGGUGCUCGCAUUGGUUGACAGUGAUCCCUAUGGAUUGAAGAUCUUGUCUGUUUAUAUGUGUGGAUCUAAGAACAUGUCCUAUGAUAGCUCUAACCUCACAACUCCGGAUAUCAAGUGGCUCGGAAUCCGGCCAAGUGAUCUAGAUAAGUACCGCGUGCCGGAGCAAUGCAGAUUGCCUAUGACUGAUCAGGAUGUGAAGGUUGGGAAGGAUCUCUUGGAGGAGGAUUUCGUGAAGAGGAAUGAGGGGUGGGUGAGGGAGCUGGAGAUGAUGGUGAGGACGAGACAGAAGGCUGAGAUUCAGGCUCUCAGUUCCUUCGGAUUCCAGUAUCUCACUGAGGUUUAUCUGCCUCUCAAGAUACAGCAGCAGGAUUGGUUGUGACUUGUGAGCUUAGGCAACUUAAAGCCUUUGAGUUAAGUGUAGGCCAAAUAUUUAAGCAUCAUAUGUCUUCUGAACAGAGAUGGAUAAACAGCCAAAAUGAAAAGGUACACUCAAGAGAAAGAAACUUUUGACCAAAUGAGGUUGCAUUUCAGAGCUGCAACAUCACAAGAAACAUUUAGGAGACAAUUUAUUAACACCAUAUGUUUCGGUAGACUUGCUUUGUCGUUAGCGUUUUGUCAUGAUAAUGCAAGUGCAGUGUAGUCGUAGGAGGUAUACAAACUUGUUUCAAGAGAACAAUCUUGCACUGCUAUGUCAUUUAAUUUUUAGAUUUCAUUUCGGUGGAAUUUCAAACAUCAAAUAUGCAUUUUCUGGAUGAAUAUAUUUCCUUUGUUACAAUUUCCAA